AUGGACAACGGGUCGACCUAUCCCAACCCAUCCCGAGCCUAUCUUGACAUCAGCAACAACAGCUUCUACGGCCCCAUCAACAGCAACUUCCGCAGCAUGAUUCCUGACAACCGCGCUCUGCUCAACAUCGCGGGCAACUUCUUCUAUGGCGACCCCAUGCUCUACGCCGAUGGCUGCCAGUUCUGCCCCUCAGGAGGCAUCCAGCCUCUUGUCUUGACAUCAGCAGAUCUCACGUUCCCCUCAGGUGGCCGAUGUGCACCCCAGGGGUUGGGAGGAUUUGUUCAGACAAUACGCGCAGGAGCUAACAAGCGCGGAAAGGCGAGUCUGCGGCAGAACUGCUUCACAUUGAACAAGCAGAUGGAGUGCACGGCGAACGAGAUGCAGCGCAGCAGCGACGAGUGCCUGGCAUUCUGCAGCAUGUCGCGCAAGCUGGGGCCGUGCGACGGGAACGGAGCGUGUGUGCCGCCGCAGGCGGGGGCAGCAGAGGCGCGCUUCACGUGUGAGUGCGACGACGGCUUCGUCCCCACCAACGGCACCCUCGGCUCCACCUGCGCCCGCCCUGCUCCGCCCCCUGCUGCAGCGCUCUCCAUGGGCGCAGUGGUGGGCAUCGCUGUGGGCUCUGCUGCUGCCUUUGCUCUCCUCCUCACUCUCGUUGUCGCGCUGCUCUGGCCUCGCCAACGCAGAAAAUGGAGCGACCUGGACGUGUGUCAGGAGUUCAGCAUGGGGGAGAUUCUGCGGGCAACAGACAACUGGGCAGAGGAGCGUGUGCUGGGGAAGGGGGGCUUUGCUACCAUCUACAAGGGGGUGUCCAGCAAGGCCUCUCUCACCCAUCCCCCCUCCCCCUGCCACCUGCAGGUGCAGGCGAAGCCGUCGCUGCGGCAUGAAAUCGUGCGGGCGAUGGCGUCGCUGCGACAUGAGCACGUGGUGCGCCUAUUGGGCUUCUGCCUGCAUCAGAACGUGGAGAGCGGCCAGCAGGAGCAGAUCCUCGUCUACGAGUUUGUGCCCAACGGGGACCUUAGCUACCACAUCCGUGACUCCAAAAGUAAGUCCCUCCCUCCAGACAUUCCCAGAGAAUAA